CUCCUCUCCGGGGCUCUCAGCGGAGCCUCCGUGGCCAUUCCGGGCCGCGGGGCCACCCCAAAAACCCCCAAAAAAACCCAAAAAAAAUCCCCAAAAAUUCAACCCGAGUGGGGUGGCCACCGAAGGGCGCCCCGGGGCUACCGGGAGCACCGGAGGCCCUGCCCGUGGCCAGCCCGGAGCGGGAGAUGCGGGUCCUGCUCCUCUGCCUGCUCGGGGUCGCGGGGAGCCGCGGGCAAGCGGUGCAGCCAAGGUUCGUGGAGGAGCCCGAGGACCGGACAGUGGUGGCCGGGCAGAGAAUCGUCCUGUCCUGCGUGGUGCUCAACUACUCCGGCAUCGUGCAAUGGACCAAGGACGGGCUGGCCCUGGGCAUGGGCCAGGGCCUCAAAGCGUGGCCCCGGUACCGCGUGCUGGGCACGGCCGACUCGGGCCAGUACAACCUGGAGAUCAGCCAGGCCGAGCUCUCCGAUGACGCCGCCUACGAGUGCCAGGCCACCGAGGCCGCGCUGCGCUCGCGCCGCGCCCGGCUCACCGUGCUCAUCCCCCCCGAGGACCCCACGAUCGACGGCGCCCCCGAGAUCCUGCUGAGGGCGGGGACCCCGUACAACCUGACGUGCCGCGCGCGCAGCGCCAAGCCGGCCGCCAGCAUCGCCUGGUUCCGCGACGGGCAGCAGCAGGACGGCGCCGUCACCACCACGGAGCUGCUGGCCGAUGGCAAGCGCGAGAGCACCACGAGCCUGCUGCCCAUCAACCCCACGGACCUGGACAUCGGCCGCGUCUUCUCCUGCCGCAGCUCCAACGAGGCCGUGCCGGGCGGCAAAGAGACCUCCGUGCGCCUCAACGUGCACCAUCCCCCGACGGUGACUUUGUCCAUCCAGCCCCAGACAGUGCAGGAGGGCGAGCGCGUCGUGUUCACCUGCAAGGCCACGGCCAACCCCGAGAUCAAGGGCUACAGGUGGGCCAAGGGGGGGGUGCUGAUCGAGGAGGCCACCGAGAGCCGCUACGACACGCAGGUGGAUUACACCUUCUUCACCGAGCCCGUGUCCUGCGAGGUGCACAACGACAUCGGCAGCACCAACGUCAGCACCCUGGUGGACGUCCACUUCGCCCCCCGGAUCGUGGUGGACCCCAAGCCCACGGUGACCGACAUCGGCUCCGACGUCACCCUGACCUGCGUGUGGUCGGGGAAUCCGCCCCUGACCCUCACCUGGACCAAGAAGGAAUCCAACAUGGUGCUCAGUAACAGCAACCAGCUGUACCUGAAGUCGGUGACGCAGGCGGACGCGGGCCAGUACGUCUGCAAGGCCAUCGUGCCGCGCAUCGGCGUGGGCGAGAGGGAGGUCACGCUCUUCGUCAACGGGCCGCCGAUCAUCUCCAGCGAGCCGGUGCAGUUCGCGGCGCGCGGUGACCGCGGCAAGGUCGAGUGUUUCAUCGGCAGCACGCCGCCCCCCGACCGCAUCGCGUGGGCAUGGCAGGAGAACAUUCUGGAAGCCGGGACGCUCGAGCGCUACACGGUGGAGAGGAGCAACACGGGCAGCGGCGUGCUGUCCACGCUGACCAUCAACAACGUCAUGGACGCCGACUUCCAGACGCGCUACAACUGCACGGCCUGGAACAGCUUCGGGCCCGGCACCGCCAUCAUCCAGCUCGAGGAGAGAGAGGUCCUGCCCGUCGGCAUCAUCGCCGGGGCCACCAUCGGGGCCAGCAUCCUCCUGGUCACCUUCCUGGUGGCCCUGGCCUGCUUCCUGUACCGGCGCCGCAAAGGGAGCCGCAAGGACGUCACCCUGCGCAAGCUGGACAUCAAGGUGGAGACGGUGAACCGGGAGCCGCUGACCCUGCACGGCGAGCGCGACGACGACACGGCCAGCGUGGCCACCGCCACCCGCGUCAUGAAGGCCAUCUACUCGUCCUUCAAGGAUGACGUGGAUCUGAAGCAGGACCUGCGCUGCGACACCAUCGACACCCGCGAGGAGUACGAGCUCAAGGACCCCACCAACGGCUACUACAACGUCCGCGCCCACGAGGAGCGCCCGGCCUCGCGCCCCGCGCUCUUCCCCGAUUUCCGCGCCGCCGCCGCCGCCGCCCCGUCGCGCUUCGACGCGCGCCCGCCGUCCCGCGUGUCCCACGGCAGCGCCUACGCCCAGCUCAGCUCCUACCCCCGCGGCACCCCCGAGUUCCCCCAGGACCCGCCGAGCGCCGGCGGCGACAAUUCCAGCCAGAUCUCCUACGAGAACUUUGGGGGGUUCCCCGGUUACCCCGGUUAUCGGUUGGGGUUCGGCAAUUUGGAGCGCGCGCCCUACGAGGCGUACGAGGCCGUGGGGAAGCUCGGCGGCGGCGCCAGGUUUUCCUACACGUCCCAACAGUCGGAUUACGGGCAGAGGUUCCAGCAGAGGAUGCAGACGCACGUGUAGGGCGGGCUGGGAGUUCCCCUGAUAUUCAGGGGACCCCAAAAUCCCGCCCUGACCCCAAAAUCCCAUCCCCGUUUCUGGAUUUUUAAGGUCAGGGGUUUUCGGUACGGUGAGGAGGGCAGGGAGGAGCAAAUCCCAAAAAAUUCCCCAAUCCCAAAUCAUCCCAUUCCAAAUCCGUCCCCAAAUCUUGAGGGAGGAGCAAAUCCCAAAAAAUUCCCAGUUCUAAACCAUUCCCAAAAAAUCCCUCGAUCCCAAAUCGUUCCCAUUCCAAAUCCGUCCCUAAAUCUCGAGGGAGGAGCAAAUCCUCAAAAUAAUCCCCAAUUCCAAACCAUUCCC